AUGGAGUCUGACAAGAACGAACGUGAGACGAGUCGCGAGGUUUGCGCGAAUGGAAAUAGCAUCAAUGCGGCAGAACUUGAGGCCAAACUUGAUGCAGGAAAUGUUCAAGAAGCAGAAACAACAUUGCGUGAUGGGUUGUCACUAAGUUCCGAGGAAGCAAAGGCUGUUCUUGGAAAAUUAGAGUAUCAAAGAGGUAACGUGAAAAAUGCUCUUCAAGUGUUUGAUGGAAUUGAUCUUCAACCAAUCAUACAACAAUUACAAACUUCCCUUUCGGAAAAAGGACCAGUGAAGAAUGCUUUGUUGUUUGAAGUCGUCUACCUAAGAAUCAAGUCUCUACAAAAGUUGGACAAAUGUACUGAAGCUAUUGAUGAGUGUAAGUGUGUUCUUGAUGCUGUUGAGAAGACAUAUGGUCAGGGUACAUUUGAUACACAAGUCGACAAUAAAUCGCAGGAGAUAGCCAGUCGUGUAGUGGAGCUCCUUCCAGAGCUUUGGAAACAGGUUGGUCGUUAUGAUGAGGCAUUGUCUGCUUAUAGGAAUGCCCUACUUAGCCAAUGGAACCUUGAUAAUGAAUUUGUUGCAAGAAUUCAGAAGGCACUUGCUGUGUUUUUGUUGUACAGCGAAGUGGAGGCAAGUCCACCUAACAAGACGGAUGGGUCUUAUGUACCCAAAAGCAAUCUGGAAGAGGCAAUUCUUCUUUUAAUGAUUAUUUUGAGAAACUUCAUCCUUGGUAAGAUAAAGUGGGACCCUUCAGUUAUGGAACACCUGACUUUCACACUUUCAACAUGUGGACAAACCUCUAUUUUAGCAAAGCAAUUUGAAGAGUUGAUACCUGGUGUAUACCACCGCAUUGAUCGUUGGAAUUUUAUAGCCAUGUGUAAUUGUAUAGCUGGAGAAAAUAAAAGUGCUUUGAAUCUACUUAGGAUGUCUUUGCAUAAACAUGAACGACCAAAUGACCUAAUAGCAUUAUUAUUGGCUGCCAAAGUUUGUAGUGAGGAUCCUCAUCUUGGUGCUGAGGGAGUAGGUUAUGCACAAAGAGUAAUCAAUAAUGCCCGAGGAUUAGAUGAGCAUUUGAAAGGUGUGGGUCUUAGGAUGUUGGGACUUUGCCUAGGAAAACAGGCUAGGGUUUGUUCUUCUGACCAUGAGAGGUCUAACCUUCAAUCCAAAGCUCUACAAUCAUUAGAGAAGGCAAUUAGAUUGGAGCAAAACAAUGCUGAUCUCAUUUUUGAAUUGGCUAUUCAAUAUGCUAUGCACCGAAAUUUAACUGUUGCUUUAUCUUGCGCUAAACAGUUCUUUGACAAAACUGGUGGCUCUACAUUGAAAGGUUGGAGAUUGCUUGCUCUAGUUUUGUCUGCACAAAAAAGAUUUGCAGAGGCCGAAGUAGUCACUGAUGCAGCUGUAGACGAGACUGCAAAAUGGGAGCAGGGGCCAUUACUCAGGCUGAAAGCCAAGUUGAAGAUCUCCCAAUUACGACCCAUGGAUGCAAUUGAAAUUUAUCGGUACCUUCUUGCAUUGGUUCAAGCCCAGAGGAAAUCACCUGGGCCACCUAAACAAGGUUCACAGGUUGAAGAUGAUACGAUAAACGAACUUGAAGUUUGGCAUGGUCUGGCAAAUUUAUAUGCAAGCCUUUCUCAUUGGAAGGAUGCCGAAAUUUGUUUGCAAAAGGCGAAAGAGUUAAAGGAAUACUCACCAGCAACAACACACGCUGAAGGCAAGAACAAAUCUUUAUCUAUUAUGUUCGAAGGUCGUGGAGAAUAUUUAGAAGCUCUCAUUGCUACUUUGAAUGCGGUUCUGCUUGAACCAAACUAUGUGCCAAGCAAGAUCUUGAUGGCUUCUUUGAUACUGAAAAUCGAUUUUAUUUCUGCUGCACCUGUUGCUAGAUGCCUACUUUGUGAUGCACUUAGAAUAGAACCCACCAACCGCAUGGCUUGGUAUUACUUGGGAUUAACUCACAAGGCUGAUGGCCGAAUAUCUGAUGCUGCUGAUUGCUUCCAAGCAGCUUCCUUGCUUGAAGAAUCUGAUCCCAUUGAAGGUUUCAGCUCUAUGAUUUGACUACAGUCCUUGGCUAACUUUUACAUAUUCGUAUAAUCUUUUGUCGUCACUUUUGAAAAUGUAUCAUUUUUUUUUCAUUUUAAAUUCUUAUCAUAAGGAACUAGUUUCUAAGAAGAAAAGUUGGCUUAUAUCCGAGAAUAGGAAAUAAGAUAACAACGAGGUUCAUUAAUUGUAAAGAACUUAAGGGGUUUUAUUGUGU